UGGAGGGAACCCAACAGCCAGCCAGCCUGUCUUCUUGCAAAAAAUUUUUGGUUUGGCUAGGGAAUGCAAGAAGCCCAGAAUGAGAAGAAACCAGGGGAAGAGGAGGAAUUGGAGGAAUUGGAGGGUGUCAACGAGAAACUAGUUCGGAAACAUCAGCUUCCGUUGUCUGCCCAGUCUGCCUUCAGCCACAUCCCACCCCGGCACAUGGAGCCCCCUGAGCUCAGCUAUUUUCACCAAGAGUGCAAGACAGGAAUUGUUUCCUUAUACGACUGCAUCUUUAAAAGACCCGUCGGCUACGAUGCAAAACUCCAUCGAUGUGACAGAGAGCAUGCAAAAAGCAGAGGACUUCAGAUUAAUGAUGAGGAAAAAGCAAGACCUAUGCCCGUCUUGGCCUCUUCUGAAUAUGGGAGACGCAUCGAUAAGCCUGUGGAAGAGCUGAUCCGAGACCACGUGCGCAUUAACCGCGUGCAAGCGGAGUUCUAUAGGAAAAACGGAAUUGCUUGCCUGGAAGAGAAAUCUAACCAAAGCAUUGAGCCUACCUAAGGAAGCACCCCCCGUCCCUGGGGGGGGGGGGGGUGUCAUCAGAGCGAGAUUCCUUUGGUUUCGGGCUGGUUCCCCCUCCCACGAUUUUAUUCUUUCUAGUCAGUGUGAUUUUGGGUUCGUUCCAAUGUUGUGUGUCAUCUCUAUGAAUUCAUUACAGGGUUUUUAGGUAAAUUAAAUGGGACAUGCUUUAUUAUCAUGUGCUACAGACAAUUAACAACUUAAUUAAUAUGAACAGUGUAACAUCAGGCAACAGUACUCAGGAAAGGCUGCAGUUACUGGCGCCACAAAAAGAGUGUUUUGCCUGGAUUAGGUGCAUCCCACUCCGCUAAGCAGGGAUUUGCUACCUCAUCGGUACCCUCCUCUGUGAUUUCUCAGGACCUACGAAAGAUCCAUAGAUUAUGGGGCCCAUUCAGACAACAAACAUCAGACCCUUGAUCUGAAACCAACAAAGCUGGAGCAGCCACCCAUUACUCCUUGCUUCAUGUGACUCUGGAAACUCCAGCGGUAUCUUACUGCGCUAACAUUGUACCAGUUAUAAAGCAAACAUUCUCCUUGAUGCUUAGCAAAUCUGUGAGGUAUCCGUAUGGUUUUUCUAAACGCGCGUCUUCCUGUGAACAAUUAAAACCCGCCUCAGCUAAGGAACAGACCGAUAUUUAAACGUGACUUGGAGGGAGGCUGGCAUGGUUUGUGGCCCCUUCACUUGAACACCACCCACCCAGCAAGUAUUGGGGUCUGAGACAGCUGCACUCUCUCUGGACAGGGGCUUCUGUUUCAGCAAAGAGCUCACACCCAUUCAGUUAUAAGGUACCCACACAGCUGGCACAUGCUGCCUUUGAACCCCUUGAAACAAGCAAUUGUUCCUAAUCUAUUACUCACAUUAGGUACUUAACCUUGCCAGAUUUUUGGGGCAUUACAAGUCAAUGCUUGAGAGAGAGUCUAAGAAAAGUUUUUGUGGGGGAUUUAGGAGGUCACGCCCUGCUGAAGAGAAGAGGCUAGCCAUCAGGCAACAAGUGAGGGGUGGCGCUGAGCUUUCUUGAAACGCAAAGAAACCUGACCCAUUCCCUACAGCAUAGUUUUGUGAGGUCACAUAAAUAACAUUUGCACCCCAUCUUAAGCAUUUAUUUGCUGCUGCAGGAAAUCUCAAACUAUCGUUAACAAGGAGGCAGAGAGCAGCAUCAUUGCUCACACUGAUAGAAAGUCAAGUAAUGCUACUGGGCCUAUUCUUUUAAUCAUUUGUUUAAAAAACCAUAUUCCUAAGGUCUGCCUCUAUAUGUAAACUGCUACUCUGUUUUCCUUUAGAGCAUUUUUAUUUCAUGGCCUCUGGCCUGCAGCUGUUUUACCACACCAGAAUACGUCCUGCUCUGUAACUAAGAGCAGCACAAAUUCAAAUUCAAGCAUCUGCUCAUGAUCAACAGCCUCAAAACAAAGUCACCAGCUACGCACUUCCAAGGGCAGUCUGUCUGUGCUUCCAGGAAACAUGCAGCCAUUUUCUAACCGUCAUUUGGCACGUGAAGUUGUCCCAUACAAAAUUCAAAUACAUUUUAUCUUUUAUUA